AUGGGACGCGGAAAGAUUCAGAUCAAGAGGAUUGAGAACAAGACGACAAGGCAGGUCACCUUCUCCAAGCGCCGAUCAGGGCUACUGAAGAAGACUCACGAGCUUUCGGUGCUUUGUGAUGCCCAGAUUGGGCUCAUCAUUUUCUCAAGCACUGGAAAGCUGUGCCAGUACUGCACUGAGCCUUUUAGAAUGGAGCAAUUGAUAGAAAGGUACCAAAAAGUUUCGGGCACUCGUAUUGAUCCUGAUCAGCAUGAUGGCCGGGAACAAAUAUACGCUGAAAUGGCAAUGCUGAAAAGAGAAACUCUUCGUCUUCAAGUGAGCAUGCAACGCUACACUGGCGAGGACUUGAGUUCCUUGCGAUAUGAGGAUUUGGAUCAACUUGAGAAAGAACUCGAACGCUCAGUUAAAAAGGUUCGAGAUCGGAAGAAUGAGCUCUUGCAGCAGCAGCUGGACAACCUGAGAAGGAAGGAGCGUAUGCUGGAGGAGGAAAAUAGCAGCAUGUAUCGUUGGAUUCAGGAGCACCGGGCAGCCAUAGAGUAUCAUCAAGCAGCAAUGGAGGCAAAGCAAGUGGAGCAUCAAGUUGUAGAUCAAAUCCCGUUAUAUGGAGAGCACCCCUGUAGCGUGCUUCAACUUGCCACUUUCCCUCCUGACAUUCAGCCAUAUCAUCUUCAACUUGCUCAGCCCAGUUUUCAAGAUUAACUUUCUUCUUUGGUUCCACAGUGAGAUGGUUUCUAGCAUGAAGGAGGGGAUGAAGGAAUAAUAGUGCACAUUGUUAUCAAGAGGAAGGGUUACAGUUUCUACUGGAUGUUACUUGUAUGGGAGAUUCUAAAGUAAGACAGCUUUUAUGUUUCUGAACCUACUUAAUUAACUAAAGAAAAAAUAAUUUCUUUG